CCACCGCCCGGGGAGAUGGCGGCGCCGGGCACGGCGGCUUGGACGUGGCUGCUGCGGCCGCCCACCGCCACCGAGCUGCUGCUGGCGGCCCUGUGCUGGCUCGGCUGCUACUGGCUGCUGCUGCGGCGGCCGCGGGCGCUGUCGGGGCUACCGCCGGGCCCCGCGCCCUGGCCGCUCGUGGGCAACUUCGCCUUCGCCCUGCUGCCCCCGCCGCUGCUGCGCCGGUGGGCGGUGGAGGUGCGGGACGGCGGCCGCGUCUCCCCCGCCUUCUCUCCGCAUGUCUUCCUCACCAGCCUCACGAAGAUGUACGGCAGCGUCUUCCGCCUCUUCGUGGGCAGCCGCCCCUUCAUCGUGCUCAACACCUUCGAGGCGGUGCGGGAGGCGUUGGUGCAGAAGGCGGAGGUGUUCAGCGACCGGCCCUCCGUGCCCAUCGUCCUCAUGAUCACCCACAACAAGGGUGUUAUUUUUGCACCGUACGGUCCUGUCUGGAAGCAACAGAGGAAGUUCUCUCUCUCAACAUUGCGUCAUUUUGGAGUAGGGAGACAUAGCUUAGAGCCUAAAAUCAUUGAGGAGCUGAACUUCAUAAAGGAAGAAAUGCUGAAGCAUGGGAAGGAUUCAUUUAAUCCCUUUCCAAUCAUUCGCAACGCAGUGUCCAAUGUUAUCUGUUCCAUGGCCUUUGGCAAGCGUUUUAACUACGAAGAUGUUGAGUUCAAGACGAUGCUGAAGAACAUGGCCCGUGCACUGGAGCUGAGCGUGGACAGCUACAUGAUCCUGGUCAACAUCUGCCCUUGGCUCUACUACCUUCCCUUUGGGCCUUUCCGGGAGCUUCGGCAAACAGUACUAGAUAUUACUGCUUUUCUGAAGAAAAUAAUUGCACAGCACAGGGACACACUGGAUGCAGCAAAUCCCAGGGACUUCAUUGACAUGUACUUCAUCCAUGCAGAAGAGGAGAAGAACAACAAGGAGAGCAGCUUUAAUGAUGACUACCUAUUUUUUAUCAUUGGUGACCUCUUCAUUGCAGGCACAGAUACUACUUCCAACACAUUACUGUGGUGCCUGCUCUACAUGUCCCUUUACCCGGAAGUACAAGAGAAGGUUCAUGCAGAAAUUGAAGCAGUUCUAGGACAUGACAAAGUUCCCUCGCUUGCUCACAAGGCUCAAAUGCCCUUUACAGAGGCAACCAUUAUGGAAGUGCAGAGGAUGACUGCAGUUCAGAAGUCUGUUCUUUCUGGUGCCAAGCAGAUAUUCAAGAUGACAUCUGUGCUGCCUCUUGGCAUUCACUGUUUUCCCCACAGCAGCAGUGGCUGCAGUCUGGAUGAGACCAACACCCACUCAUAGGGAAAAACUCUACAUGUGCAACCCUGGACUCAGGGCUUGCACUCAAGCUUUUCAUUCACCAGCAGUACGGACAGUACUGCCACAACCUCUACGUCUUUGGGAACUGGACUCUUCAAAUAUGACAUCACAGUGGCAUUAGGAGUGAAGGUCUUAUACAUUUACCAUGGAACAGGAGGAAUCUGACAAACUUGAGGUUUGAAUAUAAUGUCUUUGUUAUCUUCCACAUGAAGUACAAAUAUCUGGUUCAUAUAGUACUACUGUAUCAGUACCUUAUUCUUUAUAAAUGCAGAAUCUUAGUGCUGUUAACCACUGUUAAACCAAUGGCCAAGGAAACCUCAUGUUAGGUGUUUUGGAACAGGGCGAUCAGUCUUGCCUUGUAUUUGAAAGAUCUUUUAAACACGUAAAGUGAUCUUUGGGGGGAAUAUGUAACAGUUAACUUUUAAUUAUUCUCAAUUAUUAUUCAGUCACUUUAUACCCCUUUUGAUCUAGCAGAAUUUCAUAUCACAUGAAUAAGUUCUUAUGUACUCUUUUAAAGAAAGUUUUCUCCCCAUCACUGGAGAUCUAGAGAAUACUGGGAGUCCUCCUAAUGUCAAGUUUACAAGACUGGAAUGUUAAUUUGACUGUAAUUUAGAAUUGGGUAUUCCAUGGCAGAAACUGAAUCUAAAUUGUAAAAGAAGAAUCAACUUUUCAGCUUUAAAUUAAUGUCUGUUUUUGUCACUUUUAAACUUGAAAUUUUAUAAGCCAGGUAGUGCCUAACAAAGACUGUAAGAUAGUUAUUUUGGAUUUAAAUUAAGGUUUUCUGUUACCUGCUUUGAAUAACAGAGUGCCUUAAUUUCUGAAUUAUGUAUUUAAUUGGUCAAGUAUCCCACUGUUUGUGUGAGAACUUCCAGUUCUUAUGUAGGCUAACUUUGGACUUCAUAAGCUUCUGUUGAAUUUUUUUAUUAGUAUGAAAUUUUUGAAAACUUGGCACAAUAAAAAGUUGAAUUUGAUACCAAUGCUAGUGAACUUGCUCUAAAAGCUGACAGUAUUGGAGAAUUAAGCACUCGUUUCUUUAAUUUUGUAUUUUCCAUUGAAUAAAUAGAUUCUGUACAGUCAGGAUUUUUGUCUGAAAAAUCCUUAAAAUAGUAUAUGCUUGACUGAGAAGCUAAAAUUUAGUGCUGAUAAUAUUUAUCUUUGUGUUGAAAUGCCUUUUAAGCAACAUAAUGAUGUUGGUGUGCAACUGAUCACUUAUACAAAAUAUCUGUCCUUUUGAUCAAUGAGGACACAUUUGAAAAGCACUUUAGUACUUUAUUUUUACAUUUUCCAAAGAAAACACAAUUCGCAUAAUCCCCUAGAAUGUGAAAUUGUACAUAUUUGUGCUUGUUUUGCCUGCUGAGUUUAGUUUAAAAUGUCACCUUUGAAAACUAUCCUUUGAAAAUUAUUCUUCUGCAAAUAGUAUCUUGAGAAUGUGGUUUUUGGUGAUACCUGUAAUCAAAUGCUGCAUCGUGUGACAAGCUAAAAAUACUGAUGCGAAGGUUCAAUCACGUCAAUGUCUGUCAGAAUGCAAGAUGCUGUUAGAAAUUACGAUAAAGACUUGCCUUUCAUGCCUUCCAGAUGCACUGAAAUUUUCACAGGAUGCCAUCAAAGUAGCUAAAUAGUAGCAUAAAAGCAACAAAAUCUUUGUGGUUUUCAAAGUGUGUUGCCAUCUUUGGCAAACUAAGUAAAAUGGUAACAGAUUUGGGUUGUGUUUGUAAAUGUAUCCUCCCCCUCUGUUUUUUAGCAGAGGAAGCAUAUCAAAUGCCUUGUUGAAAAAUGUAUAUAUAAGUGAGUGGCUGUUUCUGAAUGCUGAAAAUAUCUUUGUGUCUAAAAAUUGCUUCAGACUUUGCUUCAGUAUAUUUUUAUUUUUAAUAAAGUAAUUCCCAAGUAA